CGAUCGCCCAUAGACCCCGCGCCCGGUCUCCGGCCCCGGCCCUUGCCGGGCUCGGCUUGUGCGCGCGCGGCCAUGCAGCGCCGGGGCGCCCUGUUCAGCAUGCCGGGCGGCAGCGGCAGCAGGAAGAUGGCCGCAGGAGACAUCGGCGAGCUGCUGGUGCCCCACAUGCCCACGAUCCGCGUGCCCAGGUCCGGGGACAGGGUCUACAAGAACGAGUGCGCCUUCUCCUACGACUCUCCUAACUCUGAAGGUGGACUCUAUGUAUGCAUGAAUACAUUUUUGGCCUUUGGAAGGGAACAUGUUGAAAGACAUUUUCGAAAAACUGGACAGAGUGUGUACAUGCACCUGAAAAGACACAUGCGAGAGAAGGUAAGAGGGGCAUCUGGUGGAGCUUUACCAAAAAGGAGGAAUUCCAAGAUUUUUUUAGAUCUAGAUACUGAUGAUGAUUUAAAUAGCGACGAUUAUGAAUAUGAAGAUGAAGCCAAACUUGUUAUAUUCCCAGACCACUAUGAAAUAGCACUACCAAAUAUUGAGGAGUUACCAGCCCUGGUAACAAUUGCUUGUGAUGCAGUUCUCAGCUCAAAAUCUCCAUACAGAAAGCAAGACUCAGACACAUGGGAAAGUGAAUUGCCAGUGUCUAAAUAUGCCAAUGACCUCACACAGUUGGAUAAUGGAGUCAGGAUUCCUCCAAGUGGUUGGAAGUGUGCCAGGUGUGACCUGCGAGAGAACCUCUGGUUGAAUCUGACCGAUGGCUCUGUCCUGUGUGGAAAGUGGUUCUUUGACAGCUCCGGGGGGAAUGGGCAUGCACUGGAGCAUUACAGAGACAUGGGUUACCCUCUGGCUGUGAAGCUGGGAACCAUCACCCCUGACGGGGCAGAUGUUUAUUCUUUUCAAGAAGAGGAACCUGUUUUGGAUCCUCAUUUGGCCAAGCACUUGGCGCAUUUUGGAAUCGAUAUGCUUCACAUGCAUGGGACAGAGAACGGGCUGCGGGACAAUGACAUGAAGCUGAGGGUCAGUGAAUGGGAGGUGAUCCAAGAGUCUGGAACGAAGUUGAAGCCCAUGUAUGGCCCAGGGUACACGGGCCUGAAGAACCUGGGCAACAGCUGCUAUCUCAGUUCUGUCAUGCAGGCCAUCUUCAGCAUCCCAGAGUUCCAGAGAGCGUAUGUAGGAAACCUUCCAAGAAUCUUUGACUACUCGCCUUUAGAUCCAACACAGGAUUUCAACACACAAAUGACUAAGCUAGGACAUGGACUUCUCUCAGGCCAGUAUUCAAAACCCCCAGUGAAAUCUGAGCUCAUUGAGCAAGUGAUGAAGGAGGAGUACAAGCCUCAACAGAAUGGGAUCUCUCCACGUAUGUUUAAAGCCUUUGUCAGCAAGAGCCACCCAGAAUUCUCUUCCAACAGACAGCAAGAUGCUCAGGAGUUUUUCUUGCACUUGGUGAAUCUUGUAGAGAGGAACCGCAUUGGCUCAGAAAAUCCAAGUGAUGUUUUUCGAUUUUUGGUGGAAGAACGAAUUCAGUGCUGUCAGACUCGGAAAGUUCGCUACACAGAGAGGGUGGACUACUUGAUGCAGUUACCAGUGGCUAUGGAGGCAGCAACCAACAAGGAUGAAUUGAUUGCCUAUGAAUUAACAAGAAGAGAAGCAGAAGCUAAUAGAAGACCCCUGCCUGAGUUGGUGCAUGCCAAAAUACCAUUCAGUGCUUGCCUUCAAGCCUUUUCUGAGCCAGAAAAUGUUGACGAUUUUUGGAGCAGUGCCCUCCAAGCCAAGUCUGCUGGUGUGAAAACAUCUCGCUUUGCCUCAUUCCCUGAAUACUUGGUAGUGCAGAUAAAGAAGUUCACUUUUGGUCUUGACUGGGUUCCAAAAAAAUUUGACGUUUCUAUUGAUAUGCCAGACCUACUUGAUAUCAACCAUCUCCGAGCCAGGGGGUUACAGCCAGGAGAGGAGGAACUUCCAGACAUUAGCCCCCCCAUUGUCAUUCCUGAAGACUCGAAAGAUCGCCUGAUGAACCAGUUGAUAGACCCCUCAGACAUCGACGAGUCAUCAGUGAUGCAGCUGGCCGAGAUGGGCUUUCCUCUAGAAGCAUGUCGGAAGGCUGUGUACUUCACUGGAAAUAUGGGAGCUGAAGUCGCCUUCAACUGGAUCAUUGUUCACAUGGAAGAGCCAGAUUUUGCUGAACCACUGACAAUGCCUGGCUAUGGAGGAGCAGCAUCUGCUGGGGCUUCUGUCUUUGGUGCUACUGCAUUGGAUAACCAACCUCCAGAGGAAAUCAUAGCUAUCAUUACCUCCAUGGGAUUCCAGCGGAAUCAGGCUGUGCAGGCACUAAAAGCAACAAAUAAUAACCUGGAAAGAGCACUGGAUUGGAUCUUUAGCCACCCUGAGUUUGAAGAGGACAGUGACUUUGUGAUUGAGCUCGAGAAUAAUGCCAAUGCUAACAUCAUCUCUGAGGCUAAACCAGAAGGACCUAGAGUCAAGGAUGGAUCUGGAAUGUAUGAAUUAUUUGCAUUCAUCAGCCACAUGGGAACUUCUACGAUGAGUGGGCAUUAUGUUUGCCAUAUCAAAAAGGAGGGAAGAUGGGUGAUCUACAAUGACCACAAAGUUUGUGCCUCUGAAAGACCUCCUAAAGACCUUGGUUACAUGUACUUUUACCGCAGGAUACCAAGCUAAACCUCGGACAUAUAAGUUGGCGAGCAGAAGUCAUACACCUUUUUAGUUUGCCAAAAA